GUAUGCUCUAGCUCCUAGCUGCGGUUAGCACGGUUAGCACAGAGGAGUGAAAGUGACUGACAGCAAAGUUUGUCUCGGUUAGAUUUAUGAGUCCAUCUACCGUUCAUGUUUGUAUUUAACACAUGUCAGGUAACGUCGUGCUUAGCAGGCAGUUCUGUCGCUGGAGAUGAGUGAAAAUUGUGUGCCAUGAAAAUGAUUUUCUUACCACUGUCUGAUAGGCCAUGAUAGGCUUAUCAAGUUAUGCAGGGGUUAUGGAAAGUCUAAUGAAUUCUGCUGAAGAGCAGCAACCCUCCUCUCCCCUGGCUAACUCAUGGUCCAAAAUACAGGAAUCAAGCAAGAAUCAAAAGCCCAAAUGUGUUGGUGGAUUUGUUUUAGUUCAUGCAGGAGCAGGAUACCAUUCUGAAUCUAAGGCCAAGGAGUACAAGCAUGUGUGCAAAAGAGCCUGCCAGCGAGCUGUGGACCGACUCAAAGCCGGGGCACUUGCAGUGGAAGCAGUGGCCGCAGCAUUGGUUGAACUUGAGGACUCUCCUUUUACAAACGCUGGCAUGGGCUCCAACCUAAAUCUGUCAGGGGAAAUUGAAUGUGAUGCGAGUAUCAUGGAUGGGAAGUCGCUGCAUUAUGGUGCUGUAGGGGCUAUAAGUGGUAUUAAGAACCCAGUCUUGGUUGCAAACCGUCUACUGAGUGAAGCACAGAAAGGGAAACUAUCAGCUGGCAGAAUACCACCCUGCUUUUUAGUGGGGCGAGGAGCACAUGAUUGGGCAGUCAGCCACGGAAUACCACCAUGUCCUUCAGAGAAAAUGGCCAGCAAGUUUAGUUUAUCUGCGUACAAGAGGAACAAGCGAAAGAUGGAGCUGGCAGAAAAAAUUGACACAGGACAUAAUCACACGAAGAAAAGACGACAAUCAAGUGAAAAUGAAAAUGGUUCAGGGUGCCUCGACACAGUGGGAGCCGUUGUGAUAGACCUGGAAGGGAAUGUAGCUGCAGCGGUGUCCAGUGGAGGUCUGGCCAUGAAACAUCCCGGCAGGGUUGGCCAGGCUGCUCAUUAUGGAUGUGGCUGCUGGGCUGAAAAUGCCUGUAGUAUGAACUCUCACUCUACAGCAGUGAGUACCUCAGGCUGUGGAGAGCAUCUGAUUCGCACCAUGCUGGCACGGGAAUGCUCUGCUGCCAUGCAGUCUGAAGAUGCCCAUCAAGCACUGCUGGAGGCUAUGCAAAACAAGUUCAUCAGCUCACCCUUUCUGGCCGGUGAAGAUCGUGUUUUGGGUGGAGUAAUUGUCUUGCGCUGCUGCAGAUGUGUGGAACCUCCGCCGUCACAAAAUAUUCAGGGUAUACUGGUGGAGUUUCUAUGGAGUCACACCACAGAGAGCAUGUGUGUUGGCUACAUGUCUGCCCAAGAUAGCAGAGCAAAGACACACAUAUCCAGAUUACCCCCUGGGACCAUUCCUGGACAGUGCUUGGCCAUCGAAGGAGGUGUGUGUCGACUGAUGAGCGUGGUGGAGUGAGCCACAUUUGCCCUCCUACUGGGCUUCUUCAGCAAUACUCCAAUACACACACACACACACACACACACACACACACACACACACACACACACACACACACACACACACACACACACACACACACACACACACACCACCCUCACUUCCCCACCACCUUUGUGAUGCCAGAAGUAAUAAGCUUAGCUGUUUUAACAGGUGCCCAGGAAGGGAGGGAGGGGAGUUAGCUUCUACUUACUGCACUUACAGGACUUCCCUUUGCCAGUGUCUGCCUCUAGCAUGUCUCUAUUCUAUACCAAUCCCCCCAAGCUCUCCGGUGUCACCUGGAUUAAACUCACCGCAGCCGACCUGUUGAGCACCAGUGUGACGCCAUGGGAGCGCCGUAACUGUUUAUACUUGCGCGUGGUGGUCACGACACUAGUUUGUUGCUCUUAUCCUUCCCUACUCUUAUCCUUUUGUAUAUAAGCUAUGAUUUAGGAAAACAGGGUGGAUGCUCACGUUGUUUUGUGUCCCUAAACAGACGUGACUAUUUUCAAAUGCAAGACUUUAUUUUGUUCUCAAAAUACUUUUCAAGUUUAAAAAGAUGGUUUUUUUUGCCCCUUGUGGAAUGCCUGCUACUCAAGAUAGUUGUUAUGAGUGAAGCAUUUAUAGCUGUGGGAGUUGAAUAGAAAUGAUGCAAUUUACAAUGUCAACACGUACAGAUCAACUUCCACAUACUCGUACACACAUAUUGUUAUUAAUCCUUCAGUUUACAGUAUAAUGUAGCAUACUUUACAUCUUAGAUCCCGAUGAUGAUUUUAUAACCAUUUCAGCCAUACAAUGCUUUGCUUUGAUUGUUUUUGAAAUGUGAAAUACAUAGCUAUUGCAUGUGCAAAAUUUACAGUAAGCCACUUUGUGUUCUCUGACAAGCGUAGAGUUGAUCAAGAAGCAGGAAGCUAUGCACUUCCAGAGUGAUGUUGAUACAUACAUUUUUAUAUAUAUAUAUAUAUAUAUAUAUAUAUAUAUAUAUAUAUAUAUAUAUAUAAAUAAAUAAAUAAAAAUAAAUAAUGCUCAGGUAGCAGCAUUUGACCCCACAUGACUGUUAGUCAUCAUUUAAAAAUCACAAUUUAUAUUUGUAUAGUGACAUUGACAGAGACAUGUAUUUUCUUGCUUAAAAAAAGGGCCUCGGAAAACUAAUUUAUGUAUCAAGCCCAUGAAAUUGGUGCUGUUGAGAGUUGUACUUGAAAGAAGUAAGGGUCUAAAUUUCUGUUGAGAUAAUCAGUUCCUCUGGUGUUGCUGUUUCUGUUGAGAUAAUCAGUUCCUCUGGUGUUGCUGUUUCAUUCAGUUACUACUAAGAAUUCCAGUCUCAACAAAACUAUAAUAGAGCUUGUUUAUUCUUUACUUGAAAAUGCAACUAUCAUAAAAUGGUAUAAGCUAUGGAAACGGUAAUAAUGUGCACUGCUCUCUAAGGUGCUUUUAAAGUAAAUAAAAUCUAUGUUGCUACA